CUGCCUUUGCCUUCAAACAACACUGCGCAUUCUAUUCCUACUCGCCUCUCUUCGAUCUCUCUGCUGAUAUCGAUCAUCUUAAUUAGGAGGUGGAGAUCCAAUGGGGAGCAAAUGGGUAGUGCGCCCUGUCAUGGCCAUCACAGCCUUGUUGUUGUUAGUUUCAAUGUGUGGAAGCGCAAACGCAGGAUUAAUGAAGGAAAAGAAGAAGGUGUGUGAUAAGGGGUGGGAGUGCAAAGCGUCCAUCUACUGCUGUAACCACACCAUUACUGAUUAUUUCCAGACUUACCAAUUUGAGGAUCUCUUCUCCAAAAGAAACUCUCCUGUUGCUCAUGCUGUUGGCUUCUGGGAUUACCAUUCCUUCAUUACAGCUUCCGCCGACUACCAACCACACGGCUUUGGCACCACCGGUGGCAAGCAGACGCAGAUGAAGGAGGUGGCUGCAUUCCUUGGCCACGUCGGCAGUAAGACUUCCUGUGGUUAUGGUGUUGCCACUGGGGGUCCAAAUGCCUGGGGACUCUGCUACAACCAUGAAAUGAGCCCAAGCCACUCAUAUUGUGAUUCCACUGACUACGUCCACCCCUGCUCACCCGGUGCCGAAUACUACGGUCGAGGUGCCUUGCCUGUCUACUGGAACUAUAAUUAUGGAGCCGUUGGAGAAGGGCUGAAGGUUGAUCUGUUGAACCAUCCUGAGUACCUGGAACAGAAUGCCACACUUGCCUUCCAAGCUGCUAUGUGGAGGUGGAUGAACCCUGUCAAGAAGCACCAGCCCUCUGCCCACGAUGUCUUUGUUGGCAAUUGGAAGCCUACCAAGAAUGACACCUUGGCAAAGCGUGUUCCUGGCUUUGGAACCACCAUGAAUGUUCUCUAUGGAGAUCAGGUCUGCGGUCAACGUGAAAAUGAGUCCAUGAACAACAUGGUCUCUCACUAUCUGUAUUACCUGGACCUGAUGGGUGUUGGCCGGGAGCAGGCAGGACCCCAUGAAGUCUUGACUUGUGAGGAGCAAGAGCCUUUCAAUCCUUCCUCUACAUCUUCAACUUCUUCAUAAACAUGAGAUAUGGUUCUAAAGCACCUCCAUCCAUCAUUACUAAAUAAUCAAAUUGCGGUAUUUAAUGUGUUUUGCUUUUGUUUGCGAGUAUCCAAUUGGCGAUGCCAUUGCUUUGUUUGUAGAUAUUGUUGCCUCUUCUGUUA